ACAACUGAAUCGACGGCGGAGUCCGCCGCGUGGAAUAUAAUAGGUUCAUGAGAAGAGGAAGAGGGGUUGGGCCGAGAGCAAGCAUGGAGCUCAAAUUCCCGUACAGGAAGACGGACUCAAAACGCCUGCGCAGAUAAUUUAGGCCGAAAUUUUGCGCAUCUUUAUCGGUGUCCAGAGGAGGUCUUUCCUUAGCCCAUCCUCGCAGGGAAAGCACAUCGUCCUGCGCUCCUCCGGCGUGUUGAUGGCAUCGUGCUGCUUUAGCAUGGGCACUCGCGACCUCGUCGGAUGCCUCCUCCACCUCCUCCUCACCCUGCUGCUGCUACUGCUGCCACCGCCGGUAGCGGAGAGCGCAGCGGGGGACCCCGGCGCCAAAGGGAGCGACCACCCAGUGGUGAAUGUCGCGGUGGUGUUCGGGGGUACCUCGUACCUUCUCUUCACCAAGGGCGCCGCCGACAGGAAGGAGCUGCCGAGCCUGCCCAUCUCGGUCAACGUCAUCACGUCGGUCAUCAAUGACACGAACCCCGUGAGCAUCAUGGUGGAGCUGUGCGACCUCAUCGCCCGCAAGAAGGUGCACGGGAUCCUGUUCGGAGAUGACACCCACCAGGAGGCCAUCGGCCAAGUCCUGGAUGUCUUCUCCUCCCAAACGGCCAUCCCCAUACUGGGCAUCUACGGAGGGUCGUCGGUGGUCAUGAGUAAAAAGGAAAAAGGGUCGCUGUUCAUGCAGUUCGGAGCAUCGUUGCAUCAGCAGGCGCGUGUCAUCAUGAAGCUCAUGGAGGAGUACGACUGGAAUCAGUUCAGCAUCGUCACGAGCCUCCGCCCGGGGCACGUGGACUUUGUGAGCAGCCUGCGCAGCAUCAUCGACAACAGCUUCGUGGGCUGGGACAUCCAAGCGAUCAUCACGGUCGACAUGAAGGGCGACGAUGAGGCCAAGAUUGAAACCUUGCUAAAGAAGGUCACUACCAAGGUGAAUCUCCUGUACUGCUCUCGCCUGGAGGCCAUGCACCUAUUCGGCAUCGCGGAGCGUGUGGGCCUCACCGCACCUGGCACCGUGUGGGUUGCUCCGGGCCUCAGCUACGGGGUCGAAGAUGAAGUUCCCAAGAAGUUCCCCGUGGGCCUGCUGUCUGUCUCCUUCGACGUGUGGGAUUACGACUUCUUGCUGCGCGUGAGGGACGGCGUCGCCAUCAUCGCGUCGGCUGUCUACAACUCGUUUCUGGAAUAUGGAUACAUACCCGAAGCCGCGACGAGCUGCGACAAUCUGGACGAGGGGAGGAGGCGGCAGAACAACGUCACGAGGUUUCUGAAAAACGUGCAUUGGAAUGGACAAGAUUUCUCCUUCAAAAACAAUGGGUACCUGGCGAGGCCGACCAUGGUGGUGAAAGUGGUGAACAAGAGGAGGCUCUGGCAGAAGGUCGGCAAGUGGGAGAACGGGCUGAUGAUGCUCAAGUACCCAAUAUGGCCACGCUACGAGUUCUCGUCGUCGACCAUCAAGGACGAGCGGCACCUGAGCAUCGUGACGCUGGAGGAGCGCCCCUUCGUCAUCGUGGAAAACGUGGAUGCGCUCACGGGCACCUGCAUGCGCAGCACGGUCGCCUGCCGUCAGGAGAUCAACAUGACCGACACUUCGGGGGACAAGAGCCCCUACGUGAAGCGCUGCUGCAAAGGCUUCUGCAUCGACAUCCUCAGGAAGCUCUCCACCACCGUCAGGUUCACCUACGACCUUUACUUGGUGGUGAACGGGAAGCAUGGAAAGAAGAUACAGGGCGUGUGGAAUGGCAUGGUUGGAGAGGUGGAGCAGAAGAGAGCGCACAUGGCGGUUGGCUCACUCACCAUCAACGAGGAACGCUCGCAGGUGGUUGACUUCUCUGUGCCUUUCGUGGAGACCGGGAUAAGCGUGAUGGUGUCCAGGAGCAACGGGACGGUGUCGCCUUCUGCAUUCCUCGAGCCCUUCAGUGCUGCCGUCUGGGUGAUGAUGUUCAUCCUCUGCCUCAUGCUGUCCGCCAUCGCGGUGUGGCUCUUCGAAUACCUGAGCCCAGUGGGGUUCAACAGAAACCUGGCGAGUGGGAAAGAAACGGGCGGGCCGACCUUCACCAUCGCCAAAUCCAUUUGGCUGCUGUGGGCCCUCGUCUUCAACAACUCCGUGCCGGUGGAAAACCCACGUGGCACCACCAGCAAAUUCAUGGUGUCCGUCUGGGCCUUCUUUGCCGUCAUAUUCCUGGCCAGCUACACGGCCAACCUGGCCGCCUUCAUGAUUCAGGAGGAGUACGUGGAGCAAGUGUCCGGCCUCAGCGACAACAAGUUUCAGAAGCCGGAUCAGCAGUCCCAGACAUUUCGCUUUGGCACGGUGCCCAAUGGCAGCACGGAGCGCAACAUCCGAAACAACUACCCCGAGAUGCAUGCGUAUAUGUCCCGCUACAACCAGAAGAACGUGGCCGAGGCCUUGCGUAGCCUUAAGAAAGGCAAGCUGGACGCGUUCAUCUACGACGCCGCGGUGCUCAACUACAUGGCGGCCAAGGACGAGGGGUGCAAGCUGGUGACCAUCGGCAGCGGCAAGGUGUUCGCCACCACGGGCUACGGCAUCGCGCUGCAGAAGAGCUCCAAGUGGAAGCGGUCCAUUGACCUGGCCCUGCUGCAGUUCUUUGGCGACGGGGAGAUGGACGAACUGGGUAAGAACUGGCUCUCCGGGGUUUGUCUCUACGACAAGAACGAGGUGAUGAGCAGCAAGCUGGACAUCGACAAUAUGGCCGGUGUAUUCUUCAUGCUGCUGGUGGCGAUGUGCCUCAGCUUCCUCGUCUUCCUGAGCGAGAACUUCUUUUACCGCUUUGGGCGCCACUGGACCAAGCCCGAGCCAGCCAAGAAGCCCGGCCUGCUGUUCAUCGUCAGCAGGGCCAUUUACAGCUGCGUACAUGGAAUCAAGAUUACCAAGGACAAGGACGACUUCCACAGGAUGGCCAAAAAUGCCUACAAGAAGAACUCAAGCAUCAUGGGCCUCCUGACGGUGGCCAGGAACAUGGCAAGCCUCACGCAGGUGAAUGGGCCCGACGCAGCCACCACUCGUGUCAACAGGGCGGGCCAGCCGGCCUGCUCGGUGGCCGCCGACAAAUCGGCCACAGAGCACCUGACAGGGCGAGCCGCACUCAACAACAGCGACCAGUGGAACCGCUGCGCCGCGGCCGCUGCAGAAGUGCAGCUCGCGCGCGACCCGGCCUACCAGGAGGACUACGUGAGCGAGGCCGAGAUGUCGUACCCGUACCUCAAAAACAACCAGCGCUUCAUGGAAGCCAACGCUGCAGCUUCUGCCGCCACCGGGAGCUACACUCCACGGGACCACAGCCCGGCGCAGAUCUCAACCAAUUUGCAUCACUUUGGCGCGCACCCAGAUGUCCACCGGCCCGUCGCCAAGUCGCGGGAAAUGCUGUCUGCCUCGCCUUGCUUGGAUUUCAAAAGCAGCCAGCGGGACGUCGGGGAAUCUUUCAUUCCAAUGUGUGAAAUUCCUCAAACUCGGCUUGAGAUUCCAGCGUUGACUUACAACACCGACGUUGAGAGCAUUCACGGGAACAACACUGAUAUCGACGACAUCAGCGAAUGCAACAGCCAGUACCACUCUGGAAAGCGCAGCGGCAGACCAAAGAGCACACCGUAUGGAAAACUCGCAAGAGACUACAAAGAUGUGGGAAGGAUUCCCAGUCGGGGUUCAAGCCAAGACAAAGAGAUUUAUGGCAAGGCCACUCUCAACACACUUUCACGUGCGAUGCCCGAAGACUGGAACAACCAGGCGAGGCCGUCUUUCUGCAGCGAGAUCGUGUAUAGGUCUGACAUGCUGGAGCCUGGCAUACAGAUCAAGAGAAGCAGCAGCAUCCCCGAACACGGGGCGACUGCACAGAUAACCUCUGCCGCCGUUCUCUCACACCACACGCCAGAGAAGGAGUGCAGCAUCUGCAAGGUAAAAUAUCAAGAGCCGCCAUCUAGCGCAAGGGCUGAGUGCUACAGGCAUUGCCCAUCGCGCCUGGAUGAAUGCGCAGGUUCUUGCCUGAACCAGUGCUGCCCGGGCUGUGCCUGUGGCAGUGGCGCUGGGAAAACAGAUGGCGAGCAAACAAGUGUGACAUUGGGGCGAAGUGCACUGGAGCGGCACGCCUCUUGCGUGCACGAGGACGAGGAGUGCUGCUACGGAGUCACUCUGCCUCCCCCGUGCAUCACUCCCAACCCCGAGCUGCGCUGUAGACAGGAUGAUAUAUGUUGCAUCAACCAAGCAAUCGGUUCCAAUUACUCCACAGCUAGCAAGAGUGAUUUUUGUGCUAUCAAGUCAGACCCCGGAGGAAGCGUCGACUCCUUGCGAGGCUUUAAAGUCAAACCGCACCGUCGGCUUGAGAACGAGCUCAAUGUUUUCGGCUCCCUCAAAACGCCGUACGCAUCGGACUUGCACACGCAAGCGUUCUCUGAUACGGAGAUGUUGUACGAAAAUAUCAACGUGCCAGACAUCAGGAGGCACAGACAGCCAACUUUGGGCAGGCCGCUAAACUCGGGGGGUAAGUUGAGCAACGGUCCCGUGAAUGUGAAAGGGCCGGGGCGGGCAAGUAAAUCUCCUCACAGCCACACCCCAAACAUGAGGCAUGCCGGCGGCAAGCACAGUAUGGAGUCCGAGGUCUGAGGUGAACUACGGUUUUUAUCACAAUCCUCUUCAAGAUUACAUUUUCACUCGUGUACAAAAAAACAAACCCCUUCUUCAAAGAUGAUGUUAAUUGCUUUGUUUGUGUAUUUAUAUACUGAGUAGUUAAACACAAAAUAAUAUCUGUUACUUAAAUUACUUAAACAAAGCCAGCUCACACACGUCCCAUGCCAACGAAAGGAGGCCCCAGUGAAGUUAAAGUAGAUUCUACUUAAAGCAAACUAUUGUUUACAAUGGGAAUGUGAGCAAAUAUGAGGGUGUGGGGAUUAGGGGUGACUUGUGGGGUAUUGCACGCAGCUUCUACAAAUAACCGAAUCACCUGCCCACCUUCCACACAUGUACGAGUGCAAACGGCUUCGGAAAGACAGCUUUGAGCAAUAACUGCCAUGCAAUCCGCUUUUGUAUGGUUUACUUUCAUAAUUGGCUGACGAAGUCUCGGAGCGUUAGGGACCUACUGUUAAGAAGAACAAUUGUGGUCGCAAUUGCAAAUCUGUACCCACGAGCCCUGUUAACUCACACUUGAGGCAGACUCUCCCUCUCAUGGGGGGGGGGGGGUGAGGGGGUGUUUACUUCAAUGCUGUUAUUGAUCCAUAUGGCUCCUUCCUACAUAUAAUGCAAUUGUGGAACAAAUUGUACAUUCCAAAAUUAUUCACGUGUGCUCCUGAAACAAAAUAAAGGCACAGUGUAAAUAAUUUUGAAGUGCUCCAUGACGGACAAGCGCAUACUAAUUGAUCAGCCAGAAAAAAACCCGGUCAGUUUCAAAGCAGUCACAAUGUAACACUGUGCGAGACUCAUCUAAUUACAAGGUUAUCUUUCUAAAUUUAAAAGGAAAUCUUGACAGCGGUAAGGUACCGUCUUGGUGUGACAUUCAAAAUAACGUGAAACAGUAGACGAUUGUCCGGUUAAAAUUUGCAAUGUUUUUUUUGCACCGGUAAAAAUGUAUAUUGUAAAAUGUCGCGUGUUGCCAUUUUGUCAUGUAAGGUAAAUGUUAAUUAGGAAUUGCUGGAGAUAUCUCAUUACUACCUUGUGUUUUUAUAACAGGUCUUUAUAUAUACACAUGAAUGUGUGUUUGUGUACACAAUGCAUACAUAUAAACCAGUCUUUUUGUUUACUGUCAAAAAUGUAACAAAAAGUUUACAUCUUAAUUUACCUAAAAUAAUACUGUAAGUCGAUGUAACCCAAAGUCAAUACCGGUUACAUAGUAGCCAGUAACAGAGGACUAAUCCUUGGGAUCGAAUGCCUUGGAUGAAUAUAGCACCUAUUAGCAUAGUCAACCCUUAAUUUAUUGUGUGUGCUUAUUAUUCCAUGUUUAAGGAUGUGUAAGAAUUAUUUUUUUCAGAAAUGUAACGACAUUGUUAGCAGUCUCCAAAAAGCCGGAUAUAUCUAAUACAGCAAUUAUUCUUUUUAGGACAUUAGAUGACCAUUUCCACCACCAAAAAUAGACCCGAGGUCUCUGUGACAUAUCAGUCAUGCUCUGGUAGUGUGGACAUGAAGCUUAGUCAAUUAUGUGCCAUUGUUUGGGCUUACAAUAUAUGAACUCACCUGGCGAAAGUAGCAUUUAAAUGUAAUGACCAAAUCUCGGUUGUUUUGUAUAAUAUGCUGUGGUAAUUAACUUUCUAUAUUGUACUAGAAGGGUAUUUUUUAUUAGUAUAUUCGUUAUUAUUUUGCUCUGCAUGAAUCAGACAAAACAAUUACCCCGAUUACUUAAAGAACUAAACAAAAUUAAACCAGGCAAAAUUUGUGUAAACUACGCUCCACAUGCUCCCCCCCCCCCAAAUAAAAACCCCCCACAUUGAGCACCACACAUCUGCGGUGACAUCGGGGCGGGCGGCUACAUGGUGACACCAGCGCUAAUAGUUGAUAAACCCAUUCUCUUCGGCCCCAUUCUCGCCAACGGCACAGGGAACUCCAAUCCUCACUUGAGAAGACCCAGCAGCAGCCUGCCACCACUCUCCAGGCCCAGCAGGGAAAUCGUAGCAACUACGUGAAUGUUGCCGGAGGAGAGGAUGAUGUACAGUUUAUAUAAAGUAUAUAAUUGCAAUCUAAUCACAAACAGCUAUGUAAAAUGGAAAUACAAGCAUGCAAAUGGCUUUCUUAGAAACAUUAUCUUAGUAUAAUGGUGUUAGGUUCUAAAAGUAGUACAGUACUGUAAUUGUAUAUUAAGCAACAACUGUGUAUCUGCGAUAUCUAGAAAUGCGUGCCAUUGCUAGUAAACUACUAUAGCUAGGAUAUGAAUUUCACUAAAGCUUAUUGCAAUUCAUGACAGUGCAUUCAUGUGUUAUGUACGGAUGCAGCUGUUUAAUUCACAAUGUUUCUGGAAAGUAUCACCACUUUAUGAACCCAACCAGUAAACUCUUAAAGCACCAUACAUGGCAGAAAUUUGCAUUUUUACACAGAUAUGGUCUCCAAUUAACGUCAAUUAUAGAAAAAAAUAAGGUUUAAAAAAAGUGCACACACUUGAUGUUUUUGGAAUGGAAAUAAUAUCAACGCAAUACAAGGAUGUUGAAUUUAUUCCUUUUGAACCCAUCCCUUUUGUAAACUUGUUUCAGCUUCUCUUAGCAGAUAAGGGAUUGUGGUAGCCACAGGCAAUGCAUUCUAAUUAAAGAAGGCCCAAUGCAAUGAGCAACUGCUAUUUUGGAAGACGAUUAAACUGCACAUUGUAUCCGUUUCAUCCAGGUCCAGUAAUUUUUGGGGAUUAUAUAUAACAUUUUAGGUGGAUUCUACAACUCAAGUGAGGUGCAGAAUAUCCCAGUCCCCACAAAAUUGCUCGCUCUGCUUUCACCGGAUUUUAUAAUGGCGGCUGUCAUCACGGAAGCUGUUUAGCCACCACCUUUGAAAGGCAAAAAUAUUGACAAGCUAUGUUAAAUCCUAACGACCACGUAUUAUUAUGGUAGCCAAUCAUCGUGGGUUAAGUGCACCGUGAUCAUCCUACACUCACUCAAUGGUUCCACUUACAAGUUGUAAAUACAAUUCGAGACACUGCUUUGGCAGCGAUGUACAAUUACAGGACACAAAAAAACAUCUCGGACAUCCAUUAACACUGACCUCGAAAAAGAGGCAACCAUUACCCGGGCGAACGUUUGGAGCAUUCUCCACUCGCCUUCCCUCAGCCCAGAUAAAAGGAAGGCGGGCUACUGCCCUAAACGUCAGUCUGCUGCUGCUUCUCUCUCUGUGUCGUGAAGCAGCGAGAGGUGAACACGGCUGGCGUGAUGGGUUGAGGCUCGUCCUUUUAACGGUGUGUUGGGUUUUAUUUUUGUCCUCAAACUGGGAGCACUUGUUUAUCGAUGCGUUUGUACUGAGCAAUGUAAAAUUAAAUUUUACUUUAACUUGAAACUAUAUUUAUUUAUUUAAACAUCAGGUAAAAUGAAAGAAAGAAAAUAUGUAAAAGAAAACUUUAAUUUGAAGGGAAAAUACAAUUAGUGAGUUACCACGUGGCCACGUGGCACUCAGAUGAUUUGCAGAGAAACAACGAAGGUGAUGAGCUAUUCCCUAACUGUACUACUCACAACGUCCCAUUGUCCGUGGGGACCAGGCUAUGGUUUUUCACAUAAUCGCUUUUGUUUUCCAUCAAAUCAAAGAGAGUUCACAGAGAUUUAGCAGUGUACAAAUCACGUGUUGUGGUUGUUUGCAUCACGAGGAUGGUGUGCGUCAUCUCGACUUGCACAACCGUAUAUAUUAAGGAGAUGAGCACGAAAGCUUCUGGUUGUUGUCUGCAACGUCGUGGGAAUGUUUCUGGUUGCACAUGCGACUGUAGUUGCAGGUCAUGCGCACAACGUUGCAUGAAGUCUUCUGCACAGUACCGAAUGGGCCAUCACCUUGGAGCCACGGGUUGGUGGACCGCACAGAAUUGUGGAACUCGCAAACCUGCUUGGGUGACGUGGUGGUCAGCAGAUGGUAGUACAGCAAAUGCGUUCUCUAUGAGUGUUAGACCUUCCAAUGCGAAAGUUUUCUCUGGGUACGUGCGUUUUCUACCACAAACAAAACACUCCGUGGAAUUUGCCAAGGAUUCCAGCGUAGGAUCCUCAGUGAUGCUCUCUGCUUUCCUGGUUAAAUUAACGAUAUCCACGAUGGAAUACAUUGUCAUCAUCCAUGGCAUAUCCACUGCUAUAUGAAGGUCGUCACCAUCCCUUAACGUUCGGGCGAUGCCACAAUCCAUCUCACACCUGCACCUCACCUGAUCUCGUCACUUCAUCUCCGCAGUGGAUGUCCUUUUGGGCACACUACUUUGACUGCCAUUCCAUCACAAGGGUCGUCCUUUUAGCAGUGACCCCCUUUAUUGGUCUUGCCUAAACCCACAAUACUGUACUUAAUUGCCAAAAUUAUGUCUCUAAUUUAUACGUGUUCCCUGAUCUAUGUACUGUUUUUUUCUCUUUCUUUUUCUUUGUGUAAUUGCCAGUAUGUGACUCUCCAUAAUGCGUUGUGCACGUUUUAAGCCUUUUGCUCCAUUAUCUUUACCAGUACGUAUAAUGGUUUUGACCCACACAUCAUAAGAUCAUGGCAAAUAAUACGCACUGGUUGAAAACUUUCUCAUUUACCAAAUUAAGUUUUUCAAAACAUCAUGGCAAAUAAUACGCACUGGUUGAAAACUUUCUCAUUUACCAAAUUAAGUUUUUCAAAACACAUUUUGAUCCGAAACCACCCUCGAUUGUGGCCUUAGGUAAACAUAUCCUGUCGUAUUUGCCAGAUAACUUUCCUUCAACAAUUUUUUGUUUUGUUAGGAAUAAGUCGAUGU